AUGACUACCUUUGACGACAUACUGGUGGAGGCUGGGACGUUUGGGCACUGCCAGAGGCGUGUAUUUGUUCUGCUUAGCCUGGUGUCAUUGCCGUUUGCCGGCGUCUACGUCGGCAUCGUGUUCCAGGGCUUCACCCCGGUGCACUGGUGUCAGGAUGCUGCGGUUGCUGAGAUGCGCCGGAACUGCGGCUGGAGUCCGGCCGACGCUCGCAGGCUGACCGUGCCGCUGGUCAACAGCUCCGGAGCGCUGGUCCAUAGCACCUGUGACCGGUACGAGCUGGACUGGAACAGCACCGGACUCACCUGCCACAGAGAGAGACCGGACCUCAGCGGCGUGCCUGUCACCCCCUGCACACACAGCUGGGAAUAUGACUACGAAGGGAGGCAAUCCUUUGUCACUGAGUUUGACCUGGUGUGUGCAGAUGGUUGGCUGGUGGACAUGUACCAGGCUACUCUUAAUGUGGGCUUCCUGGUCGGGAGCAUCGCCAUCGGGUACCUGGCUGACAGGUUUGGCAGAAAGAUGACGUUCCUGGUCUCCAGCCUGUGCAAUGGGAUCACAGGGAUUCUGGUGGCCGUGGCUCCUAACUACACCUCCACGCUGGUGUUCAGGACCCUUUAUGGCUUCGGAGUCAAAGGAGGCUGGAUGGCGGCAUACGUGCUGAUUACAGAGAUAGUCGGGGUGGAGUACAGACGGACGGUGGGAAUCCUGUACCAGCUGCUCUUCAGCGUCGGCGUUCUCCUCCUCCCUCUUCUGGCCUACUUCAUCACUGACUGGCGCUGGCUGCAGGUGGUCAUCACAGCACCUUACUUCCUCUUCCUCGCUUACUACUGGUUUAUCCCAGAAUCUCCAAGAUGGCUCUUCUCUCAGAACAGCUCGUCCCGAGCCAUGGAGAUCACUGAAGCCAUCGCCAAAGAGAACAACAAGAAACUCUCCAAAAACAUUGAGACCCUGACAAGUGAUCACGCAGACUCCUCCACUGCUUCCUUCAUGGACCUGAUCAGAACUCCAAAUAUGAGGAAACACACUUUAAUCCUCAUGUUCAACUGGUUCACCAGUGCUGUUGUCUACCAAGGCCUCAUCAUGCGAGUAGGAAUAGCAGGAGGAAACGUCUACAUAGACUUUCUGAUCUCUGGCCUGGUGGAGUUCCCUGCGGCCUUCCUCAUCCUCUUCACCAUCGAGCGCAUUGGCCGACGCUUGCCCUUCGCUGUCGCUAAUAUCGUAGCUGGGGUCUCCUGCUUUAUCACCGCCCUUCUACCUGACAGUAUGUUCUGGUUGAAAACAGUAGUUGCAUGCAUCGGCAGGCUGGGUAUCACCAUGACAUUUGAGAUGGUGGUGUUCGUCAACACAGAACUCUACCCCACAUUUGUCAGGAACCUGGGCGUGUCAGUGUGUUCUACUCUGUGUGACGUCGGAGGCAUCGUGGCUCCCUUCCUGCUCUACAGACUGGCUGUCAUCUGGCUGGAGCUGCCCCUCAUCAUCUUCGGAUUUAUAGCGCUCAUAGCUGGAGGUUUGGUUUUGUUACUGCCCGAAACCAAAGGAGUUGCUCUCCCCGAGACCAUCGAUGAUAUAGAGUUCCCUAACAGACAUAAGGAGGACCCACUGAAGAGCCAACACCAGACCAAGCUCUUACAGUCCGACGUGACGAGCACAGCAGAGCAAACCACCGUGUGAGUCUCCGACGUGGCCUCCGCUGUGUGUGUGUGUGUGUGUGUGUGUGUGUGUGUGUGUGUGUGUGUGUAGACAGUUUGUGUGACGCUACCCAACGUUGUUCAUCGUGACAUCAUCUCUAAUGACCACCUUAAA